AUGCCCCCCUCCAGCGCCGUCCCUCUGCUCCCCUCGCAAGAGAAGGCGCUACUCUCCCUGAAUUCCGCGUGGGGAAACUGCGUGGUAACCAAGACAUGGGUACCCGGUGCCGACUGCUCGAAAUGGUCCGGCGUCGUUUGCAACGACGCCGGGAUGGUCACCCAGGUCUACAUCAGCGAUUACUCCUGCACCGGCGCGUUGACGGAAUCCGUCGGAAACCUGACGGAGCUGACGCUGCUCGACUUUUCCAAUAAUUGGCGCAUCGGCGGAAGCUUACCGAAAAGCCUCGCGAAACUGCAGAAACUCGAGUCGUUCAGCAUUCGCGAAAAUGUCCAUGGAAGCCUCUCCGGCGGCCUCCCGGAUUUCCUCGGAAAGCUCGCGCGGCUCACGUACCUGGGGCUCCGCGGAACGGGGCUCGCGGGGAGCAUUCCGCGCGGGCUUGCGCGGCUGAGCCGCCUCGAGUUCCUCGACCUCCAAUGGAACCGCCUGGAAGGCGAAAUCCCCCCGGAAUUGUCCAGUAUGGCGGCUCUCAGCGUGCUUGACUUGGGCGGAAAUCGGUUGACUGGGUCGAUUCCACCGAUUCCUCGCGAAAAUCAAGGGCCUGAAGCGGCUGAUUCUCGGGACUAA